AUGGCAAUAAUUCUCUGUCAGCACCGUUCUUUGAAGUUCGAAGCUAUUGUUGCUUCUUUUUGUAUCCUCAUCGCUUUAGUACACAUAUUAGCGGUACAAUCUUCCCCAAUCCCACAGGACAGCGGCACUUUUCAGAAACCACAUUUUCAGGUAUUAAAAGGUGUAUUCUUUAGUAGGUACCAAUCAGUUUAAAUUGGCGAAAACGCGCGAGCGGGCUGGGUCGUGGAGGGGCCGUGGGGAAAUUUCCAGUUUUUUGUUUUUGUUUUUACUUUUUAAAACUGAAUUUUGAAAGCUUGUAAUUACUGAGUCAACCUCUGAUAUAUCAUAGUAAAAGACCUUAGACUUUAACAGUUUUUUACAAGCAAAAUUUGACAGGUAAGGGUUGGGAUUGUCACGCUUCGGAUGUCUUUAUCAGCUUGUUAAUUCUUCGGGGAGAAAAAUGAUGGCGCGGUGGUGAGAGGACUUUCGGUCCGGGUACACAUCCGGGCGUCGACGCCAUAUGUGAGUUGAGUUUGUUGUUGGUCACGCUGUCCCUUGCUCCGAGAGGUUUCUCCGAUUUCUCUCCUAAAAAACCAUGAACAUUUUCAAAUUCAGGAAUGGUGGACGAAGAACAACUAUGUGGAUGGGCUACCUCUAAAUCGUCAGUCACUCGCAGGAAACAAGCAAAAAGGCUACAGGACUAACUGCAUGGACGGCAUGUUUUGAACAAAUCGUUGUUGAAUGAAAUUUUCACCACAUGCGAAAACAGAAAGUUUUGGAAAUUACGCGUAUCCUCAGUAAAUUAGCAAAUUCAAACUGCCGUGAAAAUGCGUGUGUGCUUUUUAUACAAUGAGAUAUACGUCAGCUCACUGUUCCACAGAGUUCAAGACAGAAAUGCGGGGUAUCCUAAAUCUCUUUUUCUCCUUUUUUGUGCGCAAUAACGACCAUACACAUCUUUAAACUCGAAGAAACUAGAUCUGUGCAUUUUGCAUGACUUAGGGCGCUUCCCAAAAGUCAGAACAGGCCGGUCGGAUUAUGGCCUAACAAUCUCUUGGGCCGAACCAGUCAUUUUGACAAUGAAAUGGCCUUUUUCCAGGAGUGCUUCUUUUUUUAUGAAAACCCAUCUCCUUCCUACAUACUAUUUAAGAUUUGAUUGAUCUGACUGGAUAGUUUUGAUUAAAAGUGAGAUUCUCAUUGCGAAGGGAAUGGACUGGCUAGUUAGUUCUGACAAAUGGAAAGCGCUCUUAAAUUGUUUCCUUAAUUAAAUGGAAUAAAAAAUGGCCAUGAUUUCUUUUACAGACCGUUUCCGCAUUCAUGUGAACAAAGGCACCAACUUGAAGCUCGGGUGGACAAAAUACAAUGAUUGGUAUGAAACUAUCUACCCGAGCCUCGACCUCAUUUCUUUGUGUUUGCUCACCGGAGCAGAAUGCGGGAAGGGAAUUGGCAACUGGCAACUGAUUUUGUCAGUCGCCGUUUUCCCCCCUGGACACCAUCCCACCAAUCCUUACUCGGCCCUUGCAAAGAUGACGGGUGUAGUGUGAGAAAGGUCUUUUUAAAGAUGAUGUCAUCAUAUCUGCAGCCUGGAUAAGUAGGAGAUGUUGCUCAUGGGUUUAGUCACGAUAUGCCCCUGGCUAAGUAGCCUGAGAAAUCGUCCGUUGUUUCGCUGUUUUCCACCGGUUUCCCCGCGAAACGACGUCCGAGGAACGAGCGCAGAAAUUGCAUACUUACAUGACGUGUCACUAGCCAGAUCUGGAAAGUGCUUCUGAUUGGUCCUGCUGCGAGGGAAAUUUGCCUUAACCUAUCAGAAGCACAAAUAAGAUAUGGGAAUACACACUUCAUCGAAUCAGUAUGGAAUUCCUGCAGCUUCCUGCAAUCGUUCCGUCGCAAAAUGUGGGCUAUUUUCUCGGGCUACUGGCUUAGAAGAGUUAUGGAUCUAAUGAAAAAUGUUUUCUUGUUAGGCCCGUAAGAAUGUAAAAAAUUUUUUGUCAGGUAGAACAUAAAGCUGGUGUAUUAUCAAUCACAGCUACAAAGGAUAAAGCAGACGUGGACGUGAAGUCGGACACAAUUCGUCUACUCGUAAAACCAGGAGAUAAACAAUACCCUGUUGGUCAAGAACCGGAAGUAAAGACAGUUCAUGUGGAACACAACUGCUGCCUUCCACAAAUUUCUCCACUCAUUGGUUAG